AUGGCUCCCAAAGUUGCAAUUGUCUACUACUCUAUGUACGGCCACAUUCAGGCCUUGGCCGAGGCCGAGAAGAAGGGCAUUGAAUCCGCUGGUGGUCAAGCUGAGAUAUUCCAGAUCGCUGAGACCCUCAGCGAGGAAGUGUUGGGCAAGAUGUACGCUCCUGCCAAGGCCAGCUACCCCGUUGUUGAGCCCGCCGACCUUCUCGCCUUCGACGCUGUUCUGUUUGGUAUCCCCACCCGUUACGGUAACUUCCCUGCUCAGUGGAAGACCUUCUGGGAUAAGAGCGGUGGAAUUUGGAGCACUGGUGGCUUCUGGGGCAAGUAUGCCGGUCUCUUCAUUUCGACCGGUACCCAGGGUGGUGGUCAGGAGUCCACUGCCCUUGCCUCGAUGAGUACUCUUGCUCACCACGGCUUCAUCUACGUUCCUCUGGGUUACAAGACCGUCUUUGCUCAGCUCAGCAACUUGGACGAGGUUCACGGUGGUAGCGCCUGGGGUGCUGGUACCUUCGCUGGUGCCGACGGUUCCCGCAAGCCCUCUGCGCUUGAGAUCGAGAUUGCCACCGCUCAGGGCAAGGCCUUCUAUGAGACUGUUUCCAAGGUGCAGUGA